ACAAUGACAAAACCAGACAACUUGCUAUGGAAAUGAUGGUUUCUUCUGUUGACCGUCCUACCCAUGAAGGCUUUGCUGCAUUAGCGUUUAGCGACAAGCGAAGAAGCUUUUUGUUGCUGCAGCAAAUGGUAGCAAAUGGCACUCCAGGCCCUCUCCAGAAGACUGCGUCAAGCGCCAUGCCCUCACAUCUUCCGCAUCUCCACUCUUCCAUCAGUCUCGCCCCGCUCGAGUCCCGGCUACCGUCAACUUCGGCGCUCACUCUCUGGGGCAUUUCGUCGAACACCUGUGAUCGCUCCCAAUGUUCCCAUCCUUCUUGCCUCAGGUCCUUCUCCGUCCAGAUUGGCGGUGACCCAGUUGUCUUCCCAGAGCGGCAAGCAGCAGAAAGCGACUCCCGAGAGGCGACCGUGAUCGAAUUGCUCAGACGCGUCGCUCUUCUGCCCACGGAAGCAGAGGCCAUGGAAUCUUUGAGGACUGACGGGAUUGUCCCGAAUGGAGGCUUGGUACAUUCGGUGGUGUGGGCGUUGAGGGAAGAGUGGAGGCUGGCUUUUUUGGCUUUCAAAUGGGGGGAUGAGUGGGGCUGCAUUGACGAGAAAGUUCUCAGUUUGAUGACUUGGGUAUUGGGAAGUCACGGAAAGUUCAGUAUUGCCUGGUGUUUGAUACGGGAUUCGCAUCGAUCUUCGGUGGAUACGAGGCAGGCUAUGCUAGUCAUGAUUGAUCGGUAUGCAGCUGCAAACAAUCCGGCAAAGGCAAUUUGGACAUUUCACGUUAUGGAGAAAUUCAGAACUGCUCCGGAUGAGGAAGCGUACUGCGCCCUCCUGACUGCUCUCUGUAAGAAUGGAAACAUUGAAGAAGCUGAAGAGUUCAUGUUUCUGAAUAAGAAGCUCUUCCCCCUGGAAACUGAGAGCUUCAACAUUAUCCUGAAUGGUUGGUCUAAUGUUAUUGUCGACGUGCUUGAAGCCAAGAGAAUUUGGAGAGAGAUGUCAAGAUGCUGCAUCACACCAAAUGCAACUUCUUAUACUCACAUGAUCUGCUGCUUCUCAAAGGCGAGUAACCUUUUUGACUCUUCGAGACUAUACGAUGAGAUGAAGAAAAGAGGUUGGGUUCCUGGACUUGAGGUGUACAACUCUCUAAUUUACGUGCUUACUAGGGAGAAUUGCUUUAGUAAGGCCCUCAAAAUGUUGGAGAAACUGAAAGAGGCAGGUUUGCAGCCUAAUCACACCACUUAUGAUUCCAUGAUACGUCCUCUUUGUGAAGCCAAAAAGCUAGAUGAGGCAAGAGCUGUUCUAUCUUCCAUGAUAGGUGAUAACAUUCAGCCUACAAUUGAAACCUACCAUUCGUUUCUUGAAGUCACCGAUUUUGAAGGGACACUAGAAGUUCUUUCUAUAAUGAGGAAAGCUGGUCUAGGUCCUACUGGAGAUACGUUCCUCUUAGUUCUUGAGAAGUUUUUCAAACUGAACCAAGUGGAGAAUUCUUUGAGGAUUUGGGUUGAAAUGAGGCAAUAUGAAAUAGUGCCAGUUGCUGCACACUACCUGAAAGUGGUGCAUGGAUUGGCCACAUCUGGUUUUCUCAUUAAAGCCAAGGAAAUUUAUUCCGAGAUGAGAGCCAAAGGGUUCUUAGAUGAUCCAAAGUUGAAGAAACUGUUGUACAGAACUGCAAGGCGUAAGAAGGAUAGAAGGGAACGGCAUGCUGGAGAAGAUUAAGAAGGGAACUAAAUCGAGAUAGCAAAGAAAAUUUGUGGAAGAUCAAACAUGGAGAAUGGGAGGACAUUACACCGAGUUACCAAAUUGAAUGUCGAUGCCUGAUCAAAAAUUACAGUUGGGGUCUAACUUACGGGAAAGAAGCACUUCAUGCCAACACUGUGGUGACAAAUUGCCAUCACCAAGCAUGCCGUGCACAGGAGGUGCUGUCUUGAAACAACCUGAGAAGUGAAUGUGUGCAUAUAUUCUUGAGGAAUGGUUUAUAUGUGAUUGCUCAGUGUAGACAAUUCAUGCAAUGGCUGGAACUUGUUGGGCAGUUUUCCUUGCUCUCGAGCAUAAUUGCUGUUGACUUGGUCGUGACUAUCCUGUGGUCUACUUUCAAUAUGGUCACCUCUUGAAUGAGGGACGUCAAACUUCCGCUGAGGAAGCAGUUUCCUCUGUUUACGAAUGACAGUGUCGAUAAAUUUGCACUUGGAAGUUUGUGCCAGCACAAGAAAAGGACCAUUUGUCAAGCUUUUGAAGUUGAACUUGAUGCGUAUGCUAAUUUCUUCAACUUGGCCUAUGAAAAACUCGAUAGAAAUGGAGUGAAAAACGAUCACAGCACUGUGCAAAGCUAUUGCUAGCAACGGAGAUAAGCAGAUGACGGAUGGAUCCGAGGCAUCAUGCACAAUUGUUGUAAAGUUUCAUGUGUGGCAAUCCUCUUGGUGAUUUGUCUCAGGCGAGGUGAAUAAGUUUUGUUUGCAAAAGGGACAGAAGAUUAUUCUUUAAUAAUGGUGAAUUAUUUUCGAAACUGCUGCAUAGACAUGACAGAUCGGUGGCAAUGUAUAGUUUUACGAUCGAUGUCAGUGGGGGCUGUAAGAAACUUGGUCCUAUAUGUUAGCUCAUCCUGUUUCAGUGCCA